CAAAGAAGAGAGGGAGAAGCCGGAAGCCCGUCAACGCAGCGGAUGUCUGGUCCACGUCAGCAAGUGUCGCCAACGAUCGCCCCGUUUCAACUGGCCCACGAGUUUGUCCGCCGGUCCACUCGUCUCGAUGGCGGACGAGAGCACGCGCAAAGCGGUGUCUCAGAUCCCGCUUCUUAAGACACAGGCCGGUCCGCGGGAGCGAACUCUGUGGCCGCAGCGCCUCAAGGAGGAGUACCUGGCCCUCAUCCGCUUCGUGGAGAACAACAAGGCUGCCGACAACGACUGGUUUCGCCUCGAGUCCAACGCGGACGGCACGCGUUGGACCGGCACGUGCUGGUUCGUGCACGAGCUCCUGCGCUACGAGUUCCGCCUGGAGUUCGACAUCCCCGUGACGUACCCGGACACGGCGCCGGAAGUGGCACUGCCGGAGCUGGAUGGCAAAACGGCUAAGAUGUACCGCGGCGGCAAGAUCUGCCUGACCGAACACUUCGCGCCGCUGUGGGCCCGGAACGCGCCGCGCUUCGGCCUGGCCCACCUUAUGGCGCUCGGGCUCGGCCCUUGGCUCGCCGUCGAGGUCCCGGACCUGAUCGAUAAAGGUCUCGUGGUACACGUGGAGCAGCAGAAGGCGCCGCAGUAACUCGCGCGCCACUGAUGGCGUGUAAACAUUUGCAUCGCAGGGAGCGCUGCCCUGCAAUCAUGUUCGCGACUAAAAUCAAACCAGGAACUAUUCCUCUGUCAAUACACGAAAAAAAAUGAGUAACACGUAUUUUGAUGAGUGGAAAAACGCUACUUUAUAAAGACAUUAACAAUUAAUCUUUCUUUUUCGACACUUUGUUCUGAAAUGCACAUUGUGUUGCUCCUUCUGAUGGGUUUGCCUCAGUCAACUGUGGGUACUAGACGAAUACACUGAUCAUUGAGUAGCUUAUCUGACAUCAAUAUGGCACAAAUUAGUCUUUCUCUGCAGAGGAUAAAGUAUAUUUGGGGGCACCUCCAAUGAGAUGCUAAUUGUUAAACCUUGUGGCUAUGAAGUUUUCAUUUGGUGGGAAAUGGAGGGAAACUGAAAUCUGAGAUGUCCGCUGGGCAGAUAUUAAGUGAGGUGUAUUGCAUACAUUUUGCUGUCAAGUUAUAUUCAAAAAAAGUUUAAAGUUCACACUGAAAAACUGGU